GCUUCACUUUCUUCUUUGAUCCUGCACCAUGAAGACGCUGAACAACCGUGCUGACAGCCACUUGUCCAGCCAGGUGGAAUGUGAGCUGGAAAACAUGGGUUCAUGGGUGAACCAGGGUUACAUUGGCAACUCACCGCCCUUGCCCCGAGUUGUGAGCACAGUGUACAACCCCGAGCCCCACUUCCAGGGCUCCAUGGAGGGCACGUACAACGUGGACACCCACGGCCCCGUCUCACAGGAGCCACACUCGGCUGAGAAAAUCCUGGUGAAGGAACCCAGAGGCUGCUGUUCUUUCAUUAAAGGUUUGUGGGGUACAACACUGACUGAAAACACCUCCGACAACCGGGAACUGUUUGUCCGCACUACUCUACGGGAGUUAAUGGUCUAUCUGGUCUUUUUGCUGGAUAUUUGUCUUUUGACAUACGGUAUGACAAGCACAAACGCCUACUAUUACACCAAAGCCAUGACCGACCUGUUUGUGAAUACAGCCGGAGAAAGUGGGGUUAAGUUUCAGUCCAUCAGCACCAUGGGGGAUUUCUGGACUUUUGCUCAGGAACCAUUAUUAGAUGGCCUCUACUGGACAAAAUGGUACAAUAACCAGACCCUGGACAGUGGAGAUCAGUCAUUCAUCUACUAUGAGAACAUGUUGCUGGGAGUCCCGAGGAUGAGACAGAUCAAGAUCAAGAACAACUCCUGCAAAGUUCACAAAGACUUCCAGGAUGAGAUCACAGGGUGUUACGAUGUCUACAACGAGAAGAAGGAGGAUGAUCUCGACUUUGGUCUAAUCAACGGCACAGCAUGGAGCUACCACACCGAAAAAGUGAUCAAGGGUUCCUCGCAUUGGGGUUUGCUGACCACCUACAGUGGAGCAGGAUACUACCAGGACCUGGGUCGAACCAAGGAGGAAAGCGCCAUUGUACUGAGGGAGCUGGAGGAGAACCUUUGGCUAGACCGAGGAACCAGGGCUAUUUUCAUUGACUUCUCCACUUACAAUGCGAACAUCAACAUGUUCUGUGUCAUCAGGUUGGUAGUGGAGUUCCCGGCAACUGGUGGCGCAAUCCCUUCCUACCAGAUCCGAACAGUCAAACUGAUUCGCUACAUCAACUAUUGGGAUUACUUCAUCCUGAGUUGUGAGAUGAUCUUCUGUUUGUUCAUCCUUUAUUAUGUUGUGGAGGAGAUUCUUGAGCUUCGAAUACACAAGUUCUCCUACUUCAAAAGCAUCUGGAACAUACUUGACAUAGUGGUCAUACUGCUCGCCAUUGUCGCCAUUGUAUUCAAUAUCUUCCGUACAGUCAAAGUGGACAAGUUGCUUGGUAAAUUGUUGGAUCAACCAGAAAUCUAUGCUGACUUUGAAUUUCUGGCAUUCUGGCAAACACAAUACAACAAUAUGAAUGCAGUCAACCUGUUCUUUGCAUGGAUCAAGGUCUUCAAGUACAUUAGUUUCAAUAAGACCAUGACCCAACUGUCCUCCACACUGGGUCGCUGUGCCAAAGACAUUGUAGGGUUUGCCAUAAUGUUCUUCAUUGUGUUCUUCGCGUACGCUCAGCUCGGAUAUUUGCUGUUUGGUACAGAAGUGGAAUCCUUCAGCACCUUUGUCAAGUGCAUCUUCACCCAAUUCAGGAUUAUUCUAGGAGACUUUGAUUAUGACGCAAUUGAUCGUGCAAACAGAGUCCUUGGACCAAUUUAUUUUGUCACCUACGUUUUCUUCGUUUUCUUUGUCCUGCUAAACAUGUUUCUUGCCAUCAUAAAUGACACAUAUUCUGAGGUCAAAGAGGAGUUAUCAUCCCAAAAAGAUGAGCUCCAGAUCACUGACAUAAUCAAACAGAGCUACAUGAAGACAUUCAUGAAGCUGAAACUUAAAAAUGAGAAAAUAUCAGAUGUCCAGAGGGCUCUACGCGCUGGAGCUGGUGAAAUUGAAUUCAAGGAUUUUAGAGAAACUUUAAAAGAGAUGGGACAUGCCGAUCAUGAAAUUUCUGCCGCGUUCUCACAGUUUGACCGUGAUGGGAACCACAUUCUAGAUGAGGAUGAACAGGAAAAUAUGAAAACAGAAUUGGAGGAAAAGAGGGAUGCCCUUACUGCUGAACUCAACAAUCUUGGAAUGAAUUAUGGGAAAGAUUUUGGGGGAAAGCCUCCAGUGAGCUUAAGUGACCAAAAGAACAACUCUGGUCACACCUUUAUGGACCGAGAACAGUUUCUAAGAUUGGCCAGGCAGGUUCUCCAUCUUGAAAGUGCCAUGUCUGACAUAACUAUGAAGAUUCAGUUGAUUUUGAAGAAAAUUGGGAUUGAGGAUUUAUGUGAUGUAAACAAAAACAAUGGGAAGUCAAUGACUAAUCACAUUGACCUGGACAACUUGCUGUGAUUGAUGGAACAAUGAAUUCUGCUCUUCAAUAGAAAAUCCUGAAGGAGAAUGUUCAGCCAUCUAUUUGUGACCUUAAGCUGAAGCACACUUGGGUUCUCCAGCAGGAUAACGAUGCAAAACACACCAGCACUUCAACUUCUGAAUGACUUUAAAAACAAAAUGGUUUUGGAGUGGCCUAGUCAAAGUCUAGACUUGAAUCUGAUUGAAAUGCAGUGGCAUGACGUUAAAAAUGUUGUUCAUGCUCGAAAACCCUCCAUUUUUUUCUGAAUUCUGCAAGGAAGAGUGGGCCAGAAUAUCUCCACAAAGAUGUGAGGGACUCAUUGCCAGUUAUAGAAAAUUAUUGAUUUCAGUUGUUCCUGCUGAGGAUGGCCCAACCAGUUAUUAGGUUUAGGGGGCCAUUACUUUUUCACACUGGGCCAGGUAACUUUGAAUAGGUUUUUUUUUUCUUAAUAAAUGAAAUCAUUUAAAAACAGCAUUUUAAUUUCACUUGAUUGAUAUUUGUCUAAUAUUGUUUGUUAUUUGUUUUAUGAUCUUUAACAAAGUGGGGAAACUGCAAUAAUAUAAGAAUUAGAGAAAGGGGCCAAUAUGUUUUCACAGCACUGUAAGUAUGAUUGGCAAUAUAUGUCACUUCCUUUUUCUAAUUACCACAUGCAGGUGGAUAAAAAUGCCUCAGAUGGGAGUAUGCUGGUUUGUGUGGAUCGAGGGACAAAGGCUGCGACGACAUCAGGGAGAAUUUGCUCCAUCCCCACAUAUGACUGUCAUAUGUGAUAAAACCUUGAUAAGUGACAAUGGCAUGUGUUCCAUUGGGGAUAAAGAACAAGUUACAGAUCAAAUAUUUAAUGCUUUAAAAGUAAUAUCUCUUUACCAAAAAUAUCCUCCAAGAUGAACAUUCAUUUCAACAUGCAAAUCUUCAACACUUUGAUCGGUCAUGUUUCAUUUAAAUAUGUAAAUGUUUGCAUUUUUUAAUUUGCUUUCUAGACAUCAGCACUAGAGCUAUAGAUAAAAAUGAUUAAGCUAAAAUAUUUAGAUAACUACAAUGUAGUUGUGGAUUCCACCUAAAUAUAAAACUACAUAUAAGUGUUGUGUAAGAUAUCGAAAUUGACUGUUGUGCAAUACAGUAUAACUAAUAAAUGCCUAAAAUCUGGCUGAGUUAUAGUUGCUAAAUGGUUUACAAAUAUAUCUAUCAUUUACUCAAAGGUUGUCAACUUUUUUGCGUAGUAUGAAGUGUGUUUUUCUUUUUUAAAUGUUAAUAUGCAAUAAAGGGUUUAAUAAUCCAUCAUAUCUCUCCAGGUCUUGAGCUGCAAAUGCUCAAAUACUGUAUAAGAGAGUAAAGUGUGUUGGUUAGAUGCAAAAUAUAAAUGCAAUUAAAUAAGUGUCUAAUAAAAAUACUAAAACCUCUGG